AUCAAUCUAAACCUUCAACAUCAGAUCAAUUUAAACCUUCAAUAUCAAAACAAACUAAAUAUUUAACAUUGAAUCACUUUGAAUCUUCAAUAUUAUACUUUGAACCUUUAAUAUUGAAUUACUUUGAACCUUCAAUAGUGAAUCAAUCUGAACUAUCAAUAUUAAGUCAAAUUAAAACUUCAAUGUCAAAUCAGCUUGAAAAAUGA